AUGGACACGGUGUGGACCACCCCUCAUUGCGAAAAUGCAAACAGAAAGUCCUUCAAAGAAAGCGUCAAACCAGGAUGGCAUUAUUUUGGCAGGAAAAUGGAUGCUGCGGACUUCGAAUGGGUGAUGUGGUUCACGACAUUCCGCAAUCAUAUCCUUUUUGCUCUCGUUGGUCAUGUGAUCUUUGCCAAGAUAUUUUCCCUGGUGGCUCCAAAGAUUGGUAUAAAUGGAUGUAAGCACAGAUCCUUGGUCUUUGGGGUGUAUGGAGGUUUGGCAGUCCUGGUUACGAUGGGCUGGACUUUCUUGGCUCUGGUUCUUUCUCAUUGCAUCAUACUAUACAGCGUGGCUAUAUUCAAAAGUAAAUGGAUGUGCUUCGCUGCAGGCUUGUGUACGCUGGCCUCCAUCAAGCUGGAGCCCUUUAACUCCUGGCAGGAAGCCUUGGUAACUGGUUCCUUCAACCUCACUCAGCUGAUCCGUAAAGAGAGGGAGAUGUGGAACAUCACCAUCAAGGCCUUGUUGCACCUGGGAGGUAUUCUCGUGGUGGAUGUCUUCUUCCACUACCUUUACAUUCUGACGAUACCCAGUGACAUGAAGCUGGUCGCUAAGCUUUCUGACUGGUCUCUAGCUGGACUGGCUUAUUCCAACUUGGUGUAUGACUGGGUGAAAGCGGCUGUAAUGUUCGGCGUCAUCAACACCGUGGCAAUGCUGGAUCACCUGGACCCUCCUCAGCCUCCCAAGUGUAUCACCAUGCUUUACGUCUUCGCUGAGACGCACUUUGACAGAGGCAUCAAUGACUGGCUGUGCAAGUAUGUUUACGACUACAUUGGUGGAAAUCACGAUCAAAUCUUCAAAGAACUUCUUGCAACCAUCUGCACUUUUGCCGUCACCACCCUGUGGCUGGGCCCAUGUGAACUGGUUUAUAUCUGGUCCUUUUUCAACUGCUUUGGUCUCAACUUUGAGCUGUGGGUGGCCAAGUUAUUCUCCUUUCCACCACUUUCUACCAUAGAGGUGAGAAACGAUAAGGCAAAUAGUAAGGCCCCUAGGCAUGUCUGA